CGCCCGCGGUGGAUGCCGGCGGGGAGCGGGCGGAGCGCGCCGCCGGGGAGCGGGGCUGCCGCGGCCGCCGGAGCCCACGUACAUGCGAGUGCCCCCUCCGCUCACCAGCAUGCUUUACUUCCAGAUGGUGAUCAUGGCAGGGACCGUGAUGCUGGCUUAUUACUUCGAAUACACGGACACCUUCACCGUCAACGUGCAAGGCUUCUUCUGCUACGAGGGCGCGUACCGAAAGCCCUACCCGGGCCCGGAGGACCGCAGCGCCGUGCCGCCGGUGCUGCUCUACUCGCUGACCGCAGGAGUGCCCGUGCUGGUGAUUAUCGUUGGAGAAACUGCAGUCUUUUGUCUACAGUUAGCUACAAAGGAUUUUGAAAACCAAGAAAAAACAAUAUUAACUGGAGACUGUUGUUAUAUAAAUCCACUGGUGCGCAGGACCAUCAGAUUCCUUGGAAUUUACGCAUUUGGACUGUUUGCUACGGACAUCUUUGUAAAUGCUGGACAAGUAGUAACAGGGAAUCUUGCACCCCAUUUUCUUGCACUUUGUAAACCCAACUAUACAGCACUGGGAUGUAAACAGUAUACACAGUUCAUCAGUAGCGUUCAUGCCUGUACUGGAAAUCCAGACCUUAUCAUGAAAGCCAGAAAGACAUUCCCAUCCAAAGAAGCAGCACUAAGCGUAUAUGCAGCUAUGUAUCUGGCUAUGUAUAUCACCAAUACAGUGAAAGCCAGAGGAACAAGGCUUGCAAAACCUGUUCUAUGUUUGGGCUUAAUGUGCUUGGCUUUCCUUACUGGAAUCAACAGAGUAGCAGAGUAUCGAAAUCACUGGUCAGAUGUAAUAGCAGGAUUUGUAAUCGGAAUAUCUAUAGCAGUCUUCUUGGUUGUUUGUGUGGUAAAUAACUUCAGAGGACGUCAACCAGAACAUGAGCAUUCUCAUAUGGAUAAUCUGGCCCAGAUGCCCAUGAUCAGCAUACCCCGAGUAGAAAGCCCUUUAGAAAAGAUGUUACAGAAUCAAGGUAUUAGUAACAAUCAAGAAGAUCCUUUGCAGCGAAACUCCCUCAAAGCUCGCAUCAUUAGGUUCUUCUCCUGGAUAUCGGGAACAGACCGUUUUGAACAGCUUCGCAUAAGGCAAUAAACGUAUGUGCGCGAGAGCGCACCUGAGUGAGCGUGUGUGAGAACCGAGGCAGAUGCAGUGUGGCAGCAGCGUUCUGUGCAGGUCUGCAACGUUUGAAAUGGGGAAUUUCACUUGAAUGCAUUUUUUUUCCUUUAAAAAUGUGAUUGUCUAGUAAAAGCGUAAAAUAUACUCUGCGCACUCCGAGAAUUGUACGAUAACAGUAUUAUUAUUGUUCGAUAAAUUAUGAUUUGCCUGAACUACUACCAUAGUAUUUUUCUGUUUCUUUUAACAAGGACUUGUAAAACUUUGUAAAACUUCUAACAGUUUUACAAAUUCCUGUUGUCAAAAAUGAAAAAAUUUUAGGAUGAUGACUGUUUCUGAAUAUUUCUAACUGAAUUGAUGAUAACAGAACAAAAAAAAAGUUCAGUAUAUAUAAUAUAUGUUGAAAACUGGAAAUCACAAGACAUUUCAAUGUAUUUUUUCAAUGCUUUAACAUUAUAGCAUUGCUUAUGAACAGAAAUUAAUUAAAACUUAACAGAAGAUAUACAGGUGUGGAUCAUUUCCCCAAGUAACCUGCACUCAAGGCUUAACCUUUAUCUUUCCCUUUUUUGUUAGUGGUGUGAGAGCGUGGUUAUGAUGCAUGCCUUGCUCACCAAGCUGAUACUGUCUGUUUAGAAUGGAUAGUACAAAUACUGGUGGACCUGUCUGUGAAACUGCUGCCACUGAGCAGACCCUCAGCAUUUCUAAUUCUUUUGAGUACUGUAGGGAAAAUAAUUUCCCGUGGAGUUGGAGAAGCUGAGGUCUUGUGCAUGUUUUUCGCUUGUCUCCUGCAUCUGUGUGCAUCUGUUUGCUGACAGUAGUUAGUAUCUCACACUGAACUUUGUGACAGUAAACCUAAGCAGAAUUAAGAGAGUUUAAAUGCAGUUAUUCAAGGAGGGAUGCUGUUUGUUAAUUUUUUUCUGCUGAGUCUCAGCAAGGCUUAUUUGUAGUUUUGCCUGAGACAAUAACGUGAAAAAGCAUGAAUAACCAGACAGUUGCAUGAAUCUGUAUCAGUGAUUCUUGCCAUCAGCAAGUGAUUAAUUUUGACCUAGUUAUGCAUCACCCUUCUGAGUCCAUUGGAAAUGAAUUGACAGUCCUUUACUAGGGUCCAAACCAAUAGGUCCAUGAUCAGGAGCUUAGCAGUUCUCUUUGAGGGUUUAUUGAGGAAGGGAGAUUUUUUUUCUGUUACUAUAUCCCAUGCCUCUGCAUGUCCUUCCAGGCAUGGUGACCCACUCAUUUUGGGAGUAUAGCUGGCAGGAGUAUGAACCACAUUCUCCUUUCCUUAAAUAAUAGUUAUCCAGUCCCGAAUUAAUGUCACAUGAAAGAGCAGUUGGUUCUCUGCAUCACAGGCAAAUGUGUGUCACUUAGGGAAAGGGAUGGCACAAAGCAGGACUUGAAAGAAUUGAUUAGAAUAAAGAGGAAAUUUUUUCCCCUCCAAUUUCUUGUUUUUAGACCAUUUUACUUGUUAACAAAGUGAAUAAUUUUAGACUGAUGAUAGUUUAAGUUGACAGGAUGACUUUUCAGGUCCAAAUAAAGAAAAAUAAAGUAAAUACUAUGAAGAAAAUGUCAUAAUAGCCUCACAGCAACUCCAGAAUCACUGAGUUUGCCUGCUAUAUCAUCUUUUAUGUACUGAAAACAGAAGAUGGCCAACCAACCAAAAUGCUUUGAAUUCUUAAUUUUUGUUUUCUAAUUAGGAAAUCUAAUUUUGCAUUUCUUCUGCAGUAUUAAAAUCUGCAAGCAAUGACAUUUGUUAAUAUUGUUUACUGAAAACAUUUUCACAGAAAGUGGCACACUUUUUUUUCUAAUGCUUCUUUUAAAAUUCUGCCUAUGGUUUAAUAAUUACUAUUUUUUUAAAAUAUACUUAUUCUGUUUUGGAGAAGAACUUGUAUAGAUGCUUGUAUAUAGAUGCUUACUAUUUGGUAGUAUUCUCUUAUGAAAGCUGUCAUAAAAUACAGCAAGAACAUUGCUAGAGCUAAAAUGCAUGUUGUAGGGGAGGUGGAAGACAGCUUCUCCUCCUGGACACAGUACAGUUACAGCACAGUGAGAGUGAGAGCAAAGCUGACAGCCUGGCUUGGAGAGGGGGGAUAAGGAGCAGCUCUCCAAUGCUCCCAGUCAGGGUAUUUCUGAUUUCCUUUAUUGUGCAAAUCAAAGAUGCCUGCCUGCUUUCCCCUGCACGGACUGAUAGACAAAUAUUCUGACAAUUUAAAGAAGAACUGAGAAAUAUAAACUUAGGUGGUGUCCACUGUUUCUCUCUGGCACUUUUUGUGCUGUGUGAUAAAAAGAUUUUCUGAAGGACUUCCCUUAAGCAAAAAACAAGAGGUCCCACUCUCUCCAAGUUAUCUACAUAAUUCAUCCUCUUCAGCUUACACCUCCUCUCUUCUGACUUUAGUCUGCUCCAGGAGGCAAAGUGAUGAGAAAAAUCCGCAGUGCUUUGCUUGGUAUUUUACCCUGCAUGCAUUUUUGUGCUGGGGAGCAAACACGUGGCCUAACAUUGAGAUUUCCUUGAUUAACUUUAUGCAUUGCAUGUUUUAUAAAAAAUGGUGGCAGUCAAGGGUACUGUGUGUGCCUCAAGGGAACGUACAUUUCCUUUGGAUCCUGCACAUCACUGUGCAGUUGAGACUUUACUUGUCGAAUGUUUGCAGAGUCACUUGCUUGGGUUAGAGUAUGAAAAAGUAGCAAAGCUCUUUGGGAUGCUGAAGUUUUACUGUGUAGAGUCACACAUAGUAUAUUCACAUUCUGAUACACAUCUUUGUGUUCAUAAGAAUCGUCCCAUUGACAGAAAGAGGAAAGUGUUCUUACACAGCAAGUGAAGAGGACACUGUAGUGAUUCUGAAAAAGAAAUUUUUAAUAUGGUUCUCAACUGACAAAUGCAAUUUGAUUGUAGCAUUUUGCUACUUGAUUCAGUGCCAUCAAGCUCAGGGGGAGAAAUUAUUCUUUAAAAAAUUAAUAUUAGAAUUUUAUUUACACUGAAAUAGAAAAUGAUAAUCUGUCAGAAACGGUCAUUUUAAUUUCUAGGAAUUUUGUUUUAAAUCACGAAUAAUGUAGCAAUAAAGGUACAACUAAUUCAAUUAUUCACGUCGUUACUUCAUUAAAAAAAAAUCCAAAACAUUUAAAACUAAAAUAUUGUAGAACUGUCACACCUAAUAACUUUGUUCAGCAUACUUCCCUAUCCAGUCUUUCAGCGGUUAACAAAGAAUUGUCUUGAGAGCGAGUGAGAGCACUGCAGUGAAAACCAGUUUUAUUUACAAUAAAAUAUUGGAAAUAUUGUAAAUAAAAUAUUGUCCUGCAACAAUCUCUAAGUACAAGGCUGCCCUUAAAGCUCAAGAGGCAAAAAUUUUCACAAUGGUGACUGCUAUCUGUGUGGUUUUGUGGUUUUUAUCUGUUUGUUUUU